AAGCAAACAUGGGCUCCAGCAUGUCUUCCAGUAGCAGCAUUAGCAGCAAAAAGAAAGGAACGCUUAAACAGAAUGGCAUAAAAAAGCCAGUUGUACCUACUCCAAGUCAUACCUCAUCUGAUCACUCGAGUCAACUGUCAUCAGAAAGAGUCAUGAAACAAGGAAGGCAAUUCCAUAAUGAGUCUAAUUCAGCUUAUUGGUACCCUAAUGACGACCAAGAAUUAGAUCGUCUUGUGGGAGAACAUUUUGCACUCAAGACAUUAUUUAAUGGAAACAUACCUGAAGGUCUUUUUGAGAAAUUCUCGAUUCCAGUAGAAGACAAUGCCAAAAUUCUGGAUUUAGGCUGUGGACCAGGAACAUGGAUCAUGGAUGUGGCCACUGAAUUACCCAACAGUGAACUUGUUGGUGUUGAUAUAUCUGAUGUCUUUCCAAGCGAUAUUAGACCUUCUAAUGUAUCAUUCAAGCUCAAUAAUAUUUUAGACGGCAUUGCAUUCCCAGACAACACAUUUGACAUUGUUCAUUUUCGAUUCUUUUGUAUCGCCCUUCGAUCUGAAGAAUGGAUUCCUGUGCUCAAGGAAAUUAUGCGUGUUCUUAAGCCUGGUGGAAUCAUUGUUUCCAAGGAACCUGGCAUGCUUCUUGAAGGCAACGAGUUUUUUAAGUGGGCUGGCAAAGUUUUCAUUGAUAAGAUGCUUGAACGUGGUCAAGAACCUUUUGCUUAUGAUAAGAUUAAUCAAUAUCUCAGUGAAGCAGGGUUUGAAAUUGUUCACCAUGAACAUAAACCCAUUGAUUUCAGUAAACAGGAUAGUGUCAGCAAAGAGUUCUUAUGGGACAUGAAAGGCAUUUUCAAAAGCGGCCAACCUUAUUUGGCUGAGUCUUUAGGAGUUCCAAAUGAACGCUAUGAUGCCUUUUUGGAUCGACUUGUCAUUGAAUUCCAAAAACCACCCGCGUGUUUUUGGCCCAUUUCUUCUACUGUGGGAAGAAAACCAUUGUAAAAGCUUCUUCUCUAUCCUAUAAUAGGCUGUAUUCAUGAUGU